AUGUCCGAGGCAGAGUUAUGGGCCAGCCUCGUCACUACUAUCGAUCCUGAUAACACAAAGAACAUGUCAGCUGUUCUCCAGUCUACCAUCAACCUCCUUGAGACAGAACUGGUCAAGGCCAGAGCUGCUCUCCAGGAAAUUCAACCCAACUCUACGUCGAUGAUCGUCCAUGGCGAGGAAUUGGCCGUUGGAGCCAUAGCUGCCUAUCGCCAGAAUCUCAUCGGCCGUGCCCCCGAUUUCUUCUACGGCACACGUCGCUUGACACCCAAGGAGCUGAAACUCGUCCCUGUCGUCCACGAAGUUGAGCUUACCGACGAGGAGGAAAGUGUCAAAGAGCGGUGCGAAACCAUAGUAGCCGAUGUUACUUUGAAGGCAACAUCCCUUGAAGAUGUUUUAGCGAAUAGCUUGAUCCUCGAUCACUUGGUGCCUUACCUCUCUCCGGGCUCUCUUCUGGCCCUAUCGGCCACCUCAAAUUUUAUGCACUCUCUGAUCCAAGAGACACCGUACAUCUUUCGUCAUCUUGAUCUAUCCAAUUGUCGUGGCGCGCAAUUAGUCGAUCAAUCGCCAAUCGACCCUGGCGGCCAGUUGUGGCGGACCGAGCGGAUGGACGAAUCUCUAUCCGAAGAUGAAUUCUAUUCAGUCCCCCUAAGAGGCAUCUUUGCCAAUUUGAACCGAAGGUCCAUCUUGCACGGUGUACGAACCUUAGUCUUGGAUGGCUUGUCGGUUCCAGCAAACCUGGUCUCGGAUAUAAUUUUGUCGGAUAGUUUCAAUCUAAACCUACUUUCAAUAAGAGGGUGUCGACACUUGAAUGAGCGGAAACUCAUGCAAGUCCUUAACUAUGCAGUGCGACCUACACGGCCAGUCGGAACACCCCGCGUGAAGGGUAUUUACUACUUUACUCCCAUGGAUCUCCCUCAAAACUCAGUCCGAAGUAGAUACCGAGACUGGUGGAGCUCUCAGUGCUUUGGCCAGCUCACUUUGGCGGAUAUGACGCGUACCGGUAACCAGGGAGAAGACCUCCACCAGAAUGCCUGGUAUGGCCCGUCAGGUAAACUGCUUAGACACCACAUUGAGGAAGGCUGGGCGCAGACUCUCCAGAGGUGUGAUGGAAUCAUUGGCUUUGACGCUACCAUGUGUCGCGGUCCUCGACACGACAUUGGCUUCUACGCUACGGAAUCCCACAAUGAUGACGAGCCACGGCCAGAAACACGGCUUCUCGGACCAGCUAUUGCAACGAUUGCCCUAGGUCCCAGAGGAUGCGACGGUUGUCACACGUCUGAAGAAGGUCCGGCUAUCUGGGGCCAAUCUCCAAGCGAACACCAUCCCCUCCUCACACCACCACCACUCCAUUCGUCUUCUUUGGCUGCAGCGAGGCGCCCAGCACUAUUCCCCGGUGAACACCCCGUUCUGAUAUCCCGUUGUGCGGACUGUCUCACCAAUCGGUGGUGCCAUCGUUGUAACAAGUGGUUCUGCAGCAACUGUCUUCCCAACCCAGAGCAUGUGAGAAACAGCUUAACACCUCAUCAAACAGCUGUGAGAGGACCCCGUUGUGAAAAUGAAAGACUUGGACUUGGCGUAACCAAAGACUGCUGGGAGUGUGGGCCAACAUGCGCUGCGUGCAAAUUGGAAUGCCAACGAAAUUGCCAAGUAUGUCAAGGAGACUACUGUAUUGAUCACAACGAAGGCUGCUCUUCGACUAUGUGCGAUUGGUGCAACACCAGCACUCGACAUCGAGUACGCGAACUCUAUUAG